AAGCGCUGUCCGUGGUGCUGAACUUAUUUGAGGCGCCCUAUUGAAGAUGAAACGCUCCUCUGUUCUCAUUCCUCUCCGCACUCAACUUACUAGCGCACUCUCGUACGACGCUUUUCUGUCUGCUCUGACGGUGCGCGGGAGACGCGAGCAUCUCCAAUGUGGACAAACUUACUUUAGCACUAGGAAAACGUUUUUAUAUUGAAUCUUUAUGUUUAUUACUUUAGGGGUUAUUUUCGGUGGAGAUUCUGAAGACCAAACAGCGCGUUACUGAUCCACCUGCAGUAUUUGGGAGUUGAUUUAAAUGCCGCGGAUGACUAGAUGAUCAGACGCAGACCCGAGAGGGAAGUACAUUUUUAACAGCUGUUUUGGAUAUUUUUCCUUGCCCGUACAACAGAGUGAGGGGUCACGUAAUGAUCGCGAAAGGAUGAUUACAUUUCUGGAUAUGUCACCUAUGAAGUCGGAGGCAAAAUAGCGGGGCAGAGGCAUGGUCGGUGUGUAAAUAUUAUAGCAAAGACAUUCGGAUUAUCGGUUUUGUUGGAGUAAGCACAUUUUUGCACCAACUCUCUUCUACCUGGAAUGAUUUUUCAUUUUACUUAACGCCACAAAGCCACUUGUCUCGUUUGAUUGCGAUCAAAACAAAUUGAAACCAGACAUUUCAACGCGGUGUCGUAUUUGCAGCAUGGAGACUGACAACUUAAGGGACCUGAGACACUCUCCUUGAAUGCGUCAAGACCGCCGCGGCGAAGGAUGGGCCCUUUUCUCCCGGCGAUUUGCGUCGUGCUGCUCGCCCUGAACGCCGCCGUCUCGCCGGCCUCUGUCGGCCCUGAGGACUAUCCCGCCGCGGACGAGGCCGAGAAAACUGCCAACAAUGACAUCAUUUUCGAUGACUACCGAGGGAAAGGUUGCGUGGACGACAGUGGCUUCGUGUACAAGCUCGGGGAACGCUUCUUCCCCGGCCACUCGAACUGCCCGUGCGUGUGCACGGAGGACGGACCCGUUUGCGACCAACCCGAGUGCCCUAAAAUACACCCAAAGUGCACCAAGGUGGAACACAACGGCUGUUGCCCUGAAUGCAAGGAGGUCAAAAACUUCUGUGAAUAUAGAGGGAAAACCUAUAAGAUCCUGGAGGAAUUCAAGGUGUUUCACCUACAGGGUUCCCCAGCAGCCGUGGAAGGGAGCCACUUCACCGCCGCGCCCCCAGCCAAUGCUCAUCUGCAAGCAAGAGGCCGGAACGAUAGGCCCUCGCCCUGUGAAUGGUGUCGCUGCGAGCCAAAUAACGAAGUACACUGCGUGGUUGCUGACUGUGCAGUACCUGAGUGUGUCAACCCGGUGUACGAGCCAGAGCAAUGCUGCCCCAUCUGUAAAAACGGUCCAAAUUGCUUUGCCGGAACGACGAUCAUCCCAGCUGGCAUCGAAGUGAAGGUGGACGACUGCACCAUCUGUCGAUGCCAUAGCGGAGACUGGUGGAAACCUGCGCAGUGCUUGCGGCGGGAAUGCCUCAACGGUCAGACGUCGUAGGAUAUCCUCCGGAGCCACAAGUGGGGACGCAAAUGAGACGUGCACACUUAUGACUGCACAAUCGCUUUGAAAAACUGCGGCUGCUGGACGACCUAAGACACACGGGGACUCAAACACAUAGUGUGCACAAACAAAACAAGACGAUUGGCAGAAUCAGAGCGAGUCAAUUUUACCGAGGACACAUUUUGAUCUCUGUGAUGAGUUCAUAGUAGGAUAAAGUUCAGAAAAUCAUGUCCGGUUCCUAACUCAAAAGCAGAUUUUUUGCACAAACAAAAUGAAGCUUGGUUUAAGCACCGUU